GCCCAAUUCAAGGGCCCAAACUUUUGCAAAAGGUUUUGCUUCUUCUUCCUCCUUUACGUCAGUAUUCUUUGCAGCUUCUUUUGUUCUUCUUCUGCGUUUCUAGUGUUUAGAGCGACUGAAGAGAUUUUUUGAGGAUGUUGCCUGUUGAAUCUGCAAAGAAGAAGCUAUCUUUCACAAGAUGUAUUCAAGAUGGGGAUUUGGUUAUUGUGUAUGAGAGAUAUGAUAACAUGAAGGCUGUUAAAGUGUGUGAGGGUUCUGUGCUUGAGAAUCGGUUUGGUGUGUUUAAGCAUUCGGAUUGGAUAGGGAAGCAAUUUGGGUCCAAGGUUUUCAGCAGCAAAGGUGGAUUUGUUUACUUGUUGGCUCCGACUCCAGAGCUAUGGACUUUGGUUCUGAGUCACAGGACGCAGAUUCUCUACAUUGCUGAUAUUAGCUUUGUGAUCAUGUUCUUGGAGAUAGUUCCUGGCUGUGUGGUUCUGGAGUCGGGGACUGGAAGUGGGUCCUUAACUACGUCACUUGCAAGGGCUGUGGCUCCUGAGGGACAUGUGUAUACAUUUGAUUUCCAUGAGCAAAGGGCUGCCUCGGCUAGGGAGGACUUUGAAAAGACGGGGAUAAGCAACACGGUCACGGUAGGAGUUAGAGAUAUUCAGGGUGAAGGUUUUCCAGAUGAGUUUUCUGGGAGGGCAGAUUCUGUCUUCCUGGACCUUCCCCAACCCUGGCUAGCCAUCCCUUCAGUUGAGAAAAUGUUAAAACAAGAUGGGAUUGUAUGCUCCUUUUCCCCGUGCAUUGAGCAGGUGCAGCGAGCAUCGGAGACUUUGAGAUCAAAGUUUACAGAUAUAAGGACAUUUGAGAUACUCCUUCGCACAUAUGAAGUUCGAGAAGGGAAAAUGGAUAGCUUCCAGGUCGAGGAAAGUGGUUCUGUUGGAUCUCUACCAUGUAAGAGGCGGCAACGAUUGAGUGAAGGAAGUAAUGAGCAGGAAACUACAAGCGCUUCCGUAGUCAUGGCUAGGCCAUGUAGUGAGGCCAAAGGCCACACUGGCUAUUUGACAUUUGCAAGACUCAAAUGCCUGUCAUAAAGUACGCAUUUUGAUUCAGCCUAUUUAGUUAUGAGAUCUAGAGUCUGAUUAUUCUUAUGUUAUGUAAGGGAAAUUCCCGAAAAUAGUUGGGAUAACCUUUUGUUGUUGUAAGGGGAAUUAAAAAUUUUGAACGAACAGUGCUUCCAA